UCUGACGGUGCUGUAAUCUACAUCCGCGCCCUUUCCUCUCCGGGGCUGGGAGUUCAGUUUCAUAUAAUUUUUUUCCCUCUCGCCUCACUAAUCUAUAUAUAUAGAGAGAGAUCUCCGAAACUCAAAGACAAGGGGUUUAAAAUCCCCGGGAAGAUGAGAUAUGAGGUCAGAGAAGAGGAGGAGUGCGGAAGCGGACGGGUGAGAUUGUGAAUCGAGGCGUUUGUUACAAUUUGGAGACUUUGUAUCAAAGGGCCUGUAUCAACGUUCCAUUGAAACUCAACGUUCCAUUGAUCGCCGCCGCCGCCGCAGUCUGCGCUGCUGUUUCAUCUCAGCGGCUGUAAAUUGUCCGCCUCGGCUGCCCCCCUUCUCCCCGCGUACCCCCUGCCCCAUUUCCCCACCCUCCCUUCCCCACCGCACCGAAGAUGGGCGGCGCGUUCGCCAAGAUAUUCGGCAGCAAGGAGAUGAGGAUACUGAUGUUGGGCUUGGACGCCGCCGGCAAGACCACCAUCCUCUACAAGCUGAAGCUGGGCCAGUCGGUCACCACCAUCCCCACGGUGGGCUUCAACGUGGAGACGGUCACCUACAAGAACGUGAAGUUCAACGUGUGGGACGUGGGAGGGCAGGACAAGAUCAGGCCGCUCUGGAGGCACUACUACACGGGCACGCAGGGGUUAAUCUUCGUGGUGGACUGCGCUGACCGCGAUCGCAUCGACGAGGCCAAGCAGGAGCUGCACCGGAUCAUCAACGAUCGCGAGAUGAGGGAUGCCAUCAUCCUCAUCUUCGCCAACAAACAAGACCUGCCCGAUGCCAUGAAACCCCACGAGAUCCAGGAGAAGCUGGGCUUGACCAGGAUUAGAGACAGAAACUGGUAUGUCCAGCCGUCCUGCGCCACCUCGGGGGAUGGACUCCACGAAGGACUCACCUGGCUAAAUUCAAAUUACAAAUCCUAACCAGACAGCGCGACCCGCAUUUCAUUUUAUUUCCUCGAUCGACUUGGUUGAAUUAAACAUUUAGAAGAGAGGGGGAAAAAUUCCUAACUUGUACAAGACACAAGUUUACUUUAAUGAAAGCAAUUUUUUUUGUUUCGGGAGGGUGAGAGGAAAUUCUGCAAACCAGUUUAACUGCGGCUUCCGGACUCUGUUCAGUUCAUUCUACCGAGGGCCCCGACUUACGAGGGACACCAUUGGAGGUGACUUUCGGGCGGGAGGGGAGGGUUUGUAAUAUAUUAACACAGGCUAUGCAAUGGCGGGAGAAAUUCCUCAAAGGCUGCUGCUCGGUAUCGGGAGGGGGGUGGAAACUCCCAAACUUCCAGUCGAUCAAUAUUGAUUUAAUUUUGUUGACACACUUGUCCGUGAUAUUAUGCAAACGAAACCAGGUGCGUUUCAAGUCGGAGCUAUUUUGCCCCCACCUUCCACCCCCCCAUCCCAUCGUGCCCCUGACCUAAAUAAGACCAGUAAAUCUCCUGGGCAAAACAUGCCAAUUAAAUUCGGAGUUUCUGGACUCUAUAAGGGGGUUUGGGCACGGAAGGGUGGCUUGCUUAUUUUUUUAAUAUGUAGCAAAUUUAUAAAAAGGCGUGCCCCUCCCUCCUCUAACACAGGAACCUGGGUUGUCCUGAUUACAGAGUGAGUUAGGCUAGUUUCCUCCCUCCCACCCCGCCGGUCUCCGUUGGAGUGAAACUGUUCAAGGUGACCUGACCGGUGGCUGUACUUGUGGACUUUGUUCUGUAAUUUGAGACUGUCAAUACAUACAGCACAAUAUCCACUCUGUCACUGGGAGGUGUAGGUAUAAACUGGACGGUGCUGAGUUGUGCUUUUUUUUAAAAAGAAAGAAAAGCUUUCAACUGUGGUACAGUCUUUUUAAGAAAAAAAACUAUAUGUGCCUCUUCAGGUCUAGACCGCAGGCAAAUGGAAAAAUCCAAUUAAGACAAGUCUGCAAUUUCAUUUUUUGGUUUGAGAAAUGGAAAACCAGUGUGCAGGCACUCGACCCUCCCUAACAUUUUAAGAGUUUUGCAUUCCUGAAUAAUUGGCUGUAUUGCAAUCUUAACCUUUUCUAAUAUGUACAAGGUCGUAGGAAUAGAAGGCCUUUUGGCCCUCGGAGCUGAACUGAUGGUUGAAUCAUUUCCUGGGCGCCAGUUGUGUGUCUCCUUUCUUUUUAAGUGGUGUCCCUGACCAGUGAAUCUAUCGACCAUUGUUGAAAGCUCUUAAUUGGUACUGUUAGCUUAUUGAGGUGGCAUGAGCUUUGGAAUUGUAUUCUGCAUAUGGAUUUGAAUCCGAUGCAUUCUCCAUAUGGAUUUGAAUCCGAUGGGUAGGUUUGCUUCCUGUUUUUCGAGCAUCUGUUCUCCAAAGGAUCUUGAUAAUGUCACAGCCCCCCCCCCAACACCUUCAGAGAGAAUGGAAGUUGAGAUUGUACGAAAUGUCUUAAUUUGCAUAAUAACUACGUAAUUUGGUUCUAUUGACGGGUACUGCACCUUGCCUUCCCCGCUCCUCCACUGCAGGAGAUGUAUGCUUAAUUUUAGGGAACUGGUUGGUGCCGAGGUUGUGCCCUUCCCUCUGGCAACCCCGUGCCUCCUCUCUCCCCAGCCCCAGUUUUGCCCUGUUGGUGCUGUGCGUUCAGGGCCUGUGUGCUGAUGAUGAAAGAUUUGGGGAGGACUCUGGUUUCCAAAAAGAACUUUUUUUAAAAAUCCUGCAUUUGUUAUGGUUUCAGGUAAUUUCCUCUGCCGCAGUAGAAUUUUAGGGUGUGGCGUCAGACUGACCAAUGUGAAGUUGCUUUUCGGAGACAAAACUUGAAUUAUUUAAUCUCCAUAACGGUACUAAACUCAGGGCUCUCCGGAAGUGCGUCGGCCUGGGUCUUCCUUUACUGAACGCUGAUGGGAUAGUGGCCAAAGAAUAUCCUUGCCCGGGGGAAUCCUUCCACAGUUGGCAUGAAGUGUCAAUCCCCCUAAAACCCUUGCCUCCUCCCCCUUGAGGGCAGAAAGUGAUGGGAUGGCGAUGACACAUGAAGUCAGGACUUCAACUUGAGCAUUUUUUUCUUUGCUGAGGUCUUCGAUUAGUGCAGAGCUCCCCGCUCCCCUCCAUCUUGUCUCCUAACCUUUCCUUUACAAGCCAUGUAGUCCCUCGCAAUUCGCUUCGAAGUAUUGCUGGUGCACAAGUUCUGUUUUGGACUUUACCCAAGGCAAAAGGCCAAGUGGGGCAGGGUCCAUGCAGUACCGCGCAAUUCCCACUAGGUGUCACUGCUGAGCACCCACGCUUGACAUCUAGUGGAAGGGAGACUCGGAAUGAUAGUAUUUAUGUUCAUUUGGUCUGACUGAAACUUCAAGGUUUUUUCUUCCCACUCAAGCUUACAUUGCCAAUUCUAUUUUUUUUUUAAACCAGCUGUUUUGAACUCUCCAGGUUGUACAAUGUAACACUGACAGGUUGGUUAAGGGAGUCUUGGCAAAUGAUUUCCUCCUGGUUUCAGAGCAUCGUGACUCAUCACCAGGUACAUAUAUUGGGAAAGUUGGUGGCUGAUUCAAUCGGUCCUCCUCCCCCCUCCCCACACCUCUGAAUUCUGUGGGGGAGGGAAUGCACUGUCAGUCUUGGUGUGACAUUGAUGAAAUGUUUGUGAAUAAUCCGGACAGCCUUCAUACUUUUUUUUUGCAAAAGAACCACUUUGUGUAAUCAUAGUCUGUUUCAGCCUUUAAUAACUCAAGAUGGACCCUCGUUUCAAAUGGAAUCGGGAGCCGAAAUAAGAGAAUGGCGUUUGAGGUUCUGGCCUCAAGUGGCCGAUUGGUGGGAAGAUGGAGGCUAAAAAGUGGACUUUAACCGCCCUCUUUCACGAAGCGCCGAGUGUGACCCCGAUCCCUCUGAGCGUUGGACUUUUUGCACUGCGGGGUCGCGGCCCCUCCCUCCCGUUCCACUAUUUGCACUGAACUGCCGCACGAGGGGCACUCAUCGAACUCUUCCCAACAGUCCCGUCCCGCACAGCUGCGUAAGGCCAGCAGCUUCAAAGUCGUCCGGAUUCGAACCCGGCGCACAGCGGAAUGAAAGUUCUGUGUCUGGAAGAGCUGUGCACGAUAUGUUUGGAGGCGCAUCGUCUUGAGCGCAGGCCUGCCUAAUGGAGCAUCGAAUUGUCAGCUUUUUGCGUGUGAAUGAAACGAGAGCAGCGACGGCUUUCGAACUGAGGGAUAUUUUGAUAUUUUCCACAUGGGGGGGCAACUUGAACUUCAACCUUUGACAUUCCUGACCGUGGAUUGCUGGAUAAUGAACUGUACAAAGGGGAGCUAUACUCGACUGAAUCCGUACUGUCUUUUCUGGGAAUGAUUGAUGGGACAAUGCAGAGGGCGCUUUACUGUGUAUCUAACCCAUGCUAUACCUGAUCUGAAAUUGUUUAAUUGGGCCAGUAGAAGGAGACUUACUUUGCACAUAAUUCUUGCUGUACCCGCCCCAAGUUUGGAUGCUGAUGCGGAGUAUUAACUACAGCACCGUGAUUAAAUCUGAAACGCUAAAGAAAUCUGGAGAUUUUUGGGGGUUAUAAUGCUGUAAAUUUAGCCUCAAUAAAGACUUGUACCAGUUACUUCUGAAGGGCUUGAUU